ACUAAAAACACGAUAUAGCUCAGUGCCUGGUGUUGAAGCAACAGGAACAACAAUGGAUUCCUGCGUUGACAUUGCGGCACCUGAUCCUUCUUUGCCUACCGAGGUGGAUCCCUUGGAUGAAAUUGCCCGCGAGCGGCAGGAAUGGCAGUCCCUCGUUCUUUGGCGUCGCCCGGUGGAGACCUUAAAAUAUGGAAUUUUGGAAGCCGGACAGCUGCUGCUAUCCUUCACCGCCAAACUACUGAAUAUGUGGUUCAUGGCCAGCGUGCUGCUCCUGGGCAUGUUCUGCCUGCUGCCUGGCCCGCAUGAGGACUUUGUGAAUUUCUGCCAGCAGAGAUUCGGAUUCGCCGUCUACUGGCUGGGACUAGGAGUACUCUCAUCUGUGGGCUUCGGCACCGGGCUGCACACCUUUUUGCUCUACCUGGGUCCCCACUUGGCCGCUGUGACGCUGGCCGCUUACGAAUGCCAGACCCUGGACUUUCCUACUCCACCCUAUCCGGACAUGAAGGUAUGCCCGCAGGAGCCGUAUAAGCAUCAUCAUCCAGACGUCUGGGAAAUUCUAUCGAAGGUCAGACCGGAGGCGCUACUUUGGGGCAUUGGUACGGCACUCGGCGAGUUGCCCCCGUACUUUAUGGCCCGUAGAGCCCGGUUGUCCGGCAAGGAGUUGGACGGAGCGCAGGCGGAAAUCUUAUUGGCAAACAAGCGAAUGAACGGCGAGCUCAACCUCUUGGACCGCGCCAAAUUGUUCAUGGAACGCGUAAUGCGAAGAGUGGGCUUCCUGGGAAUUCUUUUCUGCGCCAGCAUUCCCAAUCCCCUGUUCGAUCUGGCUGGGAUUUCUUGCGGCCACUUUCUGGUGCCCUUCUGGAAGUUCUUUGUGGCCACCCUGAUCGGCAAGGCGUUGGUUAAAGCCACCAUACAACAGUUGUUUGUCAUCGCAUCCCUUACCGAGAAUCUGGUCAAUAAGUUUGUUUUCUGUCUGGGCCAGUUGCCCUAUCUUGGACCCCCGUUGCAGGAGAUCAUCAAGGACCUUUUGCGGUCCACCAAGCGGCAGAUGCAUGGCACCGGCGAAUCAGAGUCCCUGGCUUAUCUGGGCCUUCUAGUGUUAGCCUUUGAGCUGUGCGCCUUCGUGAUGGUGGCUUGCUUCGUAGUAUCAUCGCUGAACUGCCUGGCCCAAAUCCAUUGCAAGCGCCAGCAGGAGAAGGAGCGCAGGAUGCGAAACUUGCAGAUGAUCCUUUUUGCCGACGAAGAGGCAUCCUCAUCGGAGGAGUUUACAGCCUGACCAGAUUUUAUCUGUAAUAUAUUUCGUAGUUUUAAAGCGAAUAAUUUGCCUUAUUUGAUAUUUUCUGUAGAUCUUAACGAUUUCU